CGCUCUUUUUUUCCUCAGAGGGAACCGUUGCACCGUGAGAAGUCCUUCACAGUCCACAAAAGUUAUUUUCUCGUAUUUUCAUCGUUGUAAUUCAGUUUACACGAUAAAUAUGGGAUUCUUGAAGCAGUUAGACAUCGAAAAUUUCAAGUCUUGGCGAGGAAAGCAGAUUAUUGGCCCUUUUAAACGAUUUAACUGCAUUAUUGGCACAAACGGCUCAGGUAAGUCAAAUAUCAUGGACGCGCUGGGUUUUGUGAUGGGAGAGCGAGUUUCCAGUCUCCGAGUGAAGUACACGAAAGACCUUAUCCACGGAGCUAACAUCGGCAGACCUGUCUCAGCCACGGCCUCGGUCACCAUGCGCUUCUGCUCCGACACCGGCGAGGAGACCAGCUUCAGCAGGACAAUAUCAGGUGAAUCCUCAGAUUAUCGUGUAAAUGACAGACAAGUCACACUGGCAAAGUACACAGGGCAGCUGGAAAAGAUUGGCAUUGUGGUCAAAGCCAGGAACUGUCUGGUGUUUCAGGGAGCUGUGGAGUCACUUGCCAUGAUGAAUGCUAAAGAACGCACAAAGCUGUUUGAGCACAUUAGCAACUCUGCAGAGUUAGCUAAAGAUUAUGACACCAAGCUGACAGCCUUGAAAAAAGCUAAAGAGAACACUCAGUUCCACUUUAACAGGAAACGUGCUGCAAUUGCAGAGAAGAAGCAGGUUUUCAAGGACAAGCUUGAGGCAGAGAAAUUUCAGACGGUGGUGGACGAGUUUAAUGAAAGCAAGCUCCAUCUCAGCCUCUUCCAGCUUUACAACAAUGAGAGGGCCAUAGAUGUUGUUACAAAUGCAUUAAGAGAGAAGCAGGAGGCUGUUGCUGCCACAAAGAGCACAGUGGAUGUGUGGGAUCAAGCUGUCAAGUCUAGAAGGAAAGAGCAUGGACGCCUUACCAGACAGCUGCAAAAACUUGAGAAGGAUAUCAAGACCCAGGAGCAAAUCCUCAGCCAGCAGAGGCCUCAGUACAUCAAGGCCAAGGUGAACACAGCUCAUCACCUGCGCAAGGCUGAGGAGAUGCGAGCUGCCCUGCAGAAGAGCCUGAAGCAUCAGGCCAAAAAGGAGCAGGCGCUGCAGGAGCUAGAGCAGGAGCUUAUUGAGCUGGAGAAGGCAUGGAGAGCUUAUGAGAGGGAAAUGGAAGCGCAGGGAGCCCAGAGGGGAGAAGGAGUACAGCUGAAAGAAGCUCAGCUGGAGAGAUAUAAAGAGCUGAAAGAACUAUCCAGGAAGAAGGGAGCUUUGUUAGUCCAGAAGGCUGAGAAGAUGCACUGGGAGGUUAAGGCUGAUAGGGAGAAGCUGGAGUUUGACAAAAGACGAAAAAAUGAGGUUGCGGCGAACAUUAAGCAUUCUCAGACUCAACUGGAUGACUUAACCAGGAGAGCAGGGAAAUUGGAGGACUAUGUCAUCACCUCUAACAAGGCUCUGGCUGAACAGAGAGAGCAAGAGGAGUGCCUAGCGGAGGAGUUGGAGUGUGGCCGUGUACGGAUGCAGGAGGUUAAUGAGGAGCUGGCGGGGGUAUUGAGUGAGCUGCAGAAUGCUGGAAUUGACAGCCAGGAGAACCGCCGGCAGCAGAAACGGAAUGAAGUCUUCGACAGUCUGCACAGACUCUACCCUGAUGUUGUGUACGGGCGCUUGGUGGAUUUAUGUCAGCCCAUUCAUAAGAAAUACCAGCUUGCUGUCACAAAGGUGUUUGGCCGAUACAUGAACGCCAUAGUGGUGUCUUCAGCAAAGGUGGCUCGUGACUGCAUUCAGUUUAUAAAAGAGGAGAGAGCUGAGCCAGAGACGUUCCUUCCUAUUGAGUAUCUUGAUGUAAACCCCCUAAAUGAGCGUCUAAGAGAGGUGCGAGGAGCCAAGAUGGUUGUGGAUGUGGUACAGUGCUCCCAAAAUGCACCUCAGCUCAAGAGAGUGGUGCAGUUUGUGUGUGGGAAUGCACUGGUGUGUGAAACUCUUAAAGAUGCCCGCACCAUUGCUUUUGGUGGUCCAGAGCGCCGCAAGACUGUGGCUUUGGAUGGUACCUUGUUCUCCAAAUCGGGCGUGAUAUCUGGUGGGUCUGUGUACUUGCGCAGCAAAGCUCGGCGCUGGGAGGAUAAGGAAAUGAGUGGCCUUAAAGAGCGUAAGGAGCAGCUCACUACAGAACUAAGGGAACUGAUGAAACUGAGAAGAAAGGAGGCGGACUUAAAGCAGAUAACAGCCCAGGUUCUGGGGAUCCAGACCCGCCUCAAAUACACCAAAUCUGAGUUGGAAAUCAUUCGUAAGAAGAACAUCCCAGCCUGCCAUACUGAAAUUUCCAGGCAAGAGAGUGAACUCUCAAACCUUGAGUCCCAGAUCAUGAUGCAGACAGAGAAUGUACAAGUGAUAGAGAGUGAAAUGAUGGCCAUCCAAGAGCAAGUCAACCAGAUGGAGGACAUGGUGUUCUUAGAAUUCUGUGCUGAGAUUGGGGUGGCCAACAUACGCGAAUAUGAACUGGACUACCUGAGACAGCAAGAGGAGCUUGAGCAGAAACGGCUACAGUUUGAGACCCAGCGCACAAGACUCACGGCACAGCUGGAGUAUGAGCAGGAGCAACUGGACAAACAGCAAAAAAACAUGAGCAAAAUGGAGGAUUCAGUCAGGAAAGUAGAAGAUGAUAUCCUUGCCAUGAAGGAGGAAGAAGAGAGGCUUUUGGCUGUUGUGGAUGAAACUCAGUCCAAGCUCUCGGAGCUGAAUGAACAGCUGGUUGAACAGAAGUCCUGCGUUAAUGAUGCUAAAUCUGAGCUAGACAUAAAAGUUAAAGGUCAUCGGGAGAAGUCUAGUGACCUGGUGAAGCAACAGAAGGAGCUCAUCUCUGCAGAGACAGCACUGGAGCAGCAAAGGCUGUGUAAGCACAACCUUCUGCUGGCCUGCAAAAUUGAAGGCCAAAAUCUCACUCUGCUCUCAGGAACAUUGGAUGAUAUCAGUGACGUUCAGCUGGAUUCUGAGUCCCAGAGUACCUGCACACUGGAUAUCUAUGAGCGUGAGGCACAAAUCGUCUUUGACUACAAGCAGCUGGGAGACAGACUAAUGAGUCUGACUACUGAGGAGGAGGUCGAGGAACAGUUGGCGACAAUGAGAGAGAAAGUGUCUUCCCUAGACAAACUAAUCCAGGUGUCCAAAACACCCAAUCUAAAAGCCCUGGAGAAAAUGAGGGAGGUGAGGGAGAGUUUCCAUGAAGUUCUGAGUGCAUUUGAGUCCAGCACAAUCAUAUCUAAGAAAUGUAAUCAAGAGUUUGAGCAAGUAAAGGCAAAGCGCUUUCAUCUCUUCAGCAAGUGUUUUGAGCAUGUGUCUGUUGCCGUCAACCAGAUCUACAAACAGCUCUGCAGAAAUGACAGUGCUCUGGCUAUCCUGAGUGCUGAGAACCCUGAUGAACCCUACCUGGAUGGGAUCAGCUAUAACUGUGUGGCACCUGGUAAGAGAUUUAUGGCCAUGGACAAUCUGUCAGGAGGAGAGAAAUCCAUUGCAGCUCUUGCACUGGUGUUUGCUAUACACAGCUUUCGCCCUGCUCCAUUUUUUGUGCUGGAUGAAGUGGAUGCUGCCCUGGACAACACAAACAUUGGAAAGGUAACAAGUUAUAUUAGAGAGCAAUCCAGAGAGAAUUUACAGAUCAUCGUCAUCUCACUGAAAGAGGAGUUCUACUCACGCUCAGAUGCUCUGCUGGGAGUCUAUUCUGAGUUUGAUGAUUGCAUGUACAGCCGACUCCUCUCUGUGGACCUCACUCCAUACCCUCUGAAUGAUGAAAAUCACAGAGAGAGGGAGCAGAUUUAAGAAAAAUGGACAAAAGCUAAAUCAGAAGAAUUGUGUUUUUGGGAGCGAAAAACAAUUGUACAAAUUCUUAAGUGUAGCAGUUCUUGUUGUCUUUUAAAUGAAACUUUCUUUUUAAUGUCUGUUCAAUGGCUUUAGGUUAAUGUUGUAGUGGUAUUUGCUUCCUUUUUAUGGAUGUUGUUUUUGUAACAUUGAGGUAGCAUAUUUAAUAUGCUUAAUGUUUUGUUUCUUUAAAAGUUGUCUGUUAAAAUGUGCUUUGUAUUUAACCACAGUGCAAGACCAUUCCCAGAGCUCAUGUUGGCUAGGUUCUCCUGAAAUCUCAUUAGUGUUACUGUCUCAGCGUUCUGACAUCUCACACUCUCUCGAUAAAUCUUUCUCCCCUUGACUCUUAACCCUUCCUCAUGUCACACUCUGUAUUUCACCAGAGAAUGAUGAAUUUAAUCUCACACUCUUAACCGUCCCCUGAUUUUUGUUCCUCACUGGCACUUUAAAUGGCGUCCUACACGGUGGUCAUCGUCCCUCUCCAGAGCAGCAUCAACAGCCUGGAUGCCUUGCGAUUCUUUCUAUGGGUAAAUUCUCCUGUUUAAUCCUAAAUCUAAAGGCUCGUUUGAAGCGCCUUACUAAAUUCCUGUGUAGAAUUGUGAAGGCUGUGUAUGUUGCCCUACAUUCAGCGGUUAAAUUGGCAAAAUCACAUAUUUUUUUCUGUGUUCAGUAGAUUUACUGUAAGUGGUGUACUGAGUUCAUCUGUCUAAAUGGAUAAAAUACAGUUGUGCUCCACUAAUUCAGAUGACUUGUGUGGUUAUCAGAGUAUGAGUGUGUGUGAGAGAUGUUUGCAUUACUUGUGUUUGUUAAAGCAGUUACUGCGACCUGAUGUUGAAGUAAAAACAUUGACUUGUU